AUGAGACAAGUUGUUGCCAACCCUAAUAGCAGUGGUAGAAGCAGAAGCAGGCUUCUAUCAGAACCAUCUCCACCCGAUAGCCCCAAUCGUUCCUUCACUGAUACCACAACCCCCAUGAAGCAGCCAACGAAUGGUCGUUACCGACCUCAGGCGGAUGGUACUGUCAAAUAUGUUUCGAAUGAUACUCCUUCUACGGCACCUAUGACGUCUCCGGCAGACUCAUUGGGGCCAACUCCGUCUCCUCGCAAAAGCGGAAGCGGCAAAAUGGGGAGACUGGCCUCACUCUUUUCCAGUCGGGCAACAGUCGCUUCGCCCGCUGCUUCGGACGCUUCCAGUGGCUAUCUCAAUUGGCCUGGAACGCAAGAUAAGAAAGGAGGAGUUGUUGCCAUGAAUGACGAUGCUUCUCAAGAAGGUCACUUGACUUCGGUGGUCAAUCAUGCGGCAGCCGCUGGCUCACCAAUGGUCAAGCAACGCCAGGAUGAGAAGGUUCACAGAUUGGCCAGACCACAGGUGUUGUAUUCCGAUCCAUGGAAUCGCAAUCACCAAGAGGAAACCAUGUCGGAUUUUUCGGGCACCUCAUCGGCUUAUUUUACCCCCAAGAAAAAGACGGACAAGGUCCAAGAAUUUGGAAAGAAGAAGACUCAGGCAGCAUCUGUUAUGAGAUUGACUGCCGAAGCCUUGGCGCAACAGGAUCAUUAUGCUCCUCCUCACCAAACCAUGGCCAAUAGUGUGGGCUUUCGUGGACUACUGGAUAAGUCCAAGGAUGUCCCCAAUCUGAUGGACGAUGCUUCGUCACUUGCCACUAGCAUGUCGGGAGCGGCUUCCAACGCCCAACCUUCCAAAGCACCCCAACGGGCACCUAUGAAAGUCCAGCAACAAAUUCCAGAAGAACCAGAACCAGCCAUUGAGGAGGACGAUUCUUAUGUAUACACGGAUCCCUACAGGCAACAAGCGGGCGACUUGAACGUUGUCUUGCUCGGAGGUGGAUUGACUACGAUUCAAACGACAGCCUUUGACUUUUCGAAUCGUGUGCGUGGAGACGAUAACAUGACCAAUAGUGAUAUUGAUGAUGGUGGUUUCAUUCACGUUCCUGGCUUUCACGAAAUGGCUUCGGCUGGUAGAACCGUCAAGGACAGUGCCUAUGAUUCUCAAUCGGCAGUCUUGUUUGACGAAUAUACCUCGCGUGCCAGAGAUGCUAUCCACAGAUACAGAGAACGAACCCAAAGUCCCCAUAAGAACCCCUUUAACAGCGGAGGAAGCGAUAAUGGAUCUGGAUCCUCGCUCUUUUCGGAUCCUUACAAGAAGGAAGGAUUUGGGGCCAAUGUGGCCAAGAAUUUGGAUCAAUACUACAUUCAUCCCGACGAAAUGAAGGUUGUGGUGAAGAAGUUCCGCAAGAUGAGCAGUCAACGCGUCCCAAAAUUGAGCUUGGAAGAAUACGAUCGGGAGGAAGAUGCUAUCAAGGCAUUUGCUCUUUCCGAAAUGCGUAGUCGCAUUAUGGAAAAGGAUAUUGAACGUGGAUUGGAGCGUCGUGGAGGAACCACUGUCGUCGAUGAUAGUGUGCUGACUCCCUUUAAUAUGGCAGCCAUGCGAGUUCGAGAUGCUUGCAUCGUGGCCAAGGCUUGGCGGGAUGGCGCCACUCCUUUGGAUGUUAUUAACACCUCCAUGUUGACACGACGGGCAGAACGAUCCUACUUUAUUCCACGCCUACUAAAUGCUGGCACGAACCAAUCGCCAGACUACAAGUAUGCUUGGGAAGAAGUUUUGUGGUUUGAUGAUUUGGAAUUGUCGCAAUACCGAUGCCAUUCUUUGGGCCCACGAAGCAUGAGAGGGUAUGAAAUGUUUACGAUUGGAGACUGCCAAAGUAUUCAACUGAAGCUAUGUAACGAUCGAUGCAACGAGCUCAAGGGUGAAUUGAACCGAGGAACACAAGCACUGAUCGAAGCGGAGGAUUUGAUGCGCGAGGAGGGUGACACACCAGGAAUGAUGUCCGAAGCUGAAAUGACCUACCUUUCUGCCAUGGAAUAUGUCAAGACCGUCUCUCAUCAACUUGUCGUUGCUGAGAAGUCGUUCAUUCUGGUCAAGGAAAGAAUUGAAAAGAUUGUGGCCAGAUAUGAAGCCCUUUUGGUCAAGCUAGACAAUGAUAAUGACUCUGUUGCCGCAUCAUCGGUUGUAUCAUACCAAAGUUCUUAUGUCUCUGACUGGACUGCAGCAGAAGAACGAGAACAAGCCCAACUUGCACGAAGAGCACAACGUGCCGAGUUGAGAGCUGAGGUAGCAGCCCGUGAGGCAAUGCUUUCGAAACAAGGAGCACGAGGCGUGCGUGCUCAAAAGGAACAGGAGCUGGGAACCCUCCGCAAACGUCUUGCGGAUCUACAGUCCGAGACGUCUGCGGCGAUUUCUGAGAGGGAACAUUCUGUCGUGCUUGCCCGAGCCAUUUCGGCCGCAAAAAGCACGGCAUCUUCCCAAGCGAAGAAUCCCAAUACCAUCAACAAGACCAAAAUCGAUGAUGUUAAGGCUCGUUUCCGCAACCGAUCAGCAACCAAGCAAAAGAGUAAUGACAACAAAUCUGUCGUUUCCGCUGGUAAGAGCGUCCAUUUUGAAAAGAAGACUAAUUUCAAGAAGCGAAACACCGAAAAGAGUUCCAUGCUACGCUCCGUUGGAGAAGAAAUGUACCAGCAAUUGGACUUUUAUGAACGUUCACUUGAGGCAGUCCGCAGAAUAAACUAA